AUGCACAGCCAGGCGGGUAGGGGUCAUGGGGAGAGGGCAGAUCAUGGCGCAUUUCUGAAAAAACUUCCCGACUCCACCGCGCUGAGUCACGUCCCCAGCAUCCGGGCCCCGCCGCCAGGACGAGCCGGCGCAUGCGCGCUGGGGCACUGCAGCAAAAAAAAAAAAGAGAGAGAAGGAGAGACGGGAGCGAGGACGGCCAAGCCGCCGGCCGCCGCCGGUUCGAACCGGAUCGCCGGGGCCUCCGAGCCGGCGCUUUCCGUAUCCAUCCGCCGGGCGGCCGCCUUCGCGUUUAACUCCCAUAGGCCUCUGCAGUGUCGGAUUGGAGAGUCUUCCUCCCCCUCCCCCUUCCUGCAGCAAAGCAUAAAAGCUUCCAUGGGCUGCCUUCUGAGCACGAAGGAAAGGUCGGCGGACGUGUGGCGUCUGGGCUGCCUGAUCUGGGAGGUGUUUAACGGACCCCUGCCUCGAGCCUCCUCCCUGCGCUCGCUGGGCAAGAUCCCCAAGCAGCUGGUGCCCCAUUACUGCGAGCUGGUGGGGGCGAACCCCAAGGCCCGGCCCAACCCGGCCCGCUUCCUGCAGAACUGCCGCGGCCCCGGCGGCUUCAUGAGCAACAGCUUCGUGGAGACCAACCUCUUCCUGGAGGAGAUCCAGAUCAAGGAGCCGGCGGAGAAGCAGAAGUUUUUCCAGGAGCUGAGUGACAACCUGGACUCCUUCCCGGAGGACUUCUGCCGGCACAAGGUGCUCCCGCAGCUGCUGACCGCCUUCGAGUUCGGGAACGCCGGCGCCGUGAUCCUCACCCCCCUCUUCAAGGUGGGGAAGUUCCUGAGCGCGGAGGAGUACCAGCAGAAGAUCAUCCCGGUCAUUGUGAAGAUGUUCUCCUCCACCGACCGGGCCAUGAGGAUCCGGCUACUGCAGCAGAUGGAGAACUUCAUUCAGUACCUGAACGAGGCGGCUGUGAACUCCCAGAUCUUCCCCCACGUUGUCCACGGCUUCACGGACACCAACCCCGCCAUCCGAGAGCAGACGGUCAAGUCCAUGCUGCUGCUGGCUCCCAAGCUGAGCGAGACGAACCUGAACGCGGAGCUCAUGCGGCACUUCGCCCGCCUGCAGGCCCGCGACGACCAGGGCCCCAUCCGCUGCAACACCACCGUGUGCCUGGGCAAGAUCGCCCCCUACCUCAACGCCACGACCAGGCAGCGCGUGCUGAUCUCGGCCUUCUCCCGCGCCACCAAGGACCCCUUCCCGGCAUCGCGGGCCGCGGGCGUGCUGGGCUUGGCCGCCACGCACAGCUUCUACGCCGCCAGCGAGUGCGCCUGCCGCAUCCUGCCGGUGCUCUGCGCCCUGACCGUCGACCCGGACAAGAGCGUCCGAGACCAGGCGUUUAAAGCAAUUAAGAGCUUCCUGAGUAAACUGGAGACGGUGUCUGAAGACCCUUCCAAGCUGGCGGAAAUAGAGAAGGACGUCCACUCUUCGGCCUCCUCUCCCGGAGCCGCGGCCGCCAGCUGGGCGGGCUGGGCCGUCACGGGCGUCUCUUCCCUCACCUCCAAGCUCAUCCGCACCGCGCCCGACCACGCCCCGCCCGCCACCGCGGCACCAGCGCCCCCCGCAGGGCCGCCCCCCAACGGCACCAGCGGGAGCAGAGUGGAGGAGGCCAAGAAGGAAGCUCCCCGCCCCCAGCCCGCCUCCUCCGGCCUCGCUGACCAAUGGGCAGCCGCCAAAGAGCAGGAGGAAGAGGAGGAGCCUGCGAGCGACCGCUGGGAGGAAGAGGACUGGGGAAGCCUGGAGGAGCAGGACCCCGAGCCCUUGAAAGUGCAGGUGGACCCCGACGACUGGAACUCCUCCGAUUGGUCGGCAGUGUCGUCAGUCACCAAGAAGGCCAAUGAGAAAGGAGUGGCCGGGACUUCCUCCACCUCCUCGGCGGUGAAGAAGCAGAGCUCGGACUGGAGCAGCUCGGGCUGGGAGGCGGACGACAGCUGGUCCAACGAGAAGGAGGCGGACGGGCAGGGCCAGAGCUCGCCGGGGGACGAGGGCUGGGGCCAGGACUGGGAGGAGGACCCCGGCUCGCGCCGGGAGGCCGCGCCCCUGGCCCUGCCCGAGGGCACGCGGCUGGCCAGCGAGUACAACUGGGACAGCGGCGGUGGCAACGGCGGCGGCGGCGGCGGAAAGGGCUCCCAGAAUGACUUCUUCCUGGGAAUAUCCCAGAGAGCCGGCCCCACCAGCACGAAAACGGGGGACCCCUGGGGUGCCGACACAGCUGGGGACUGGGGCGCCGAGGAGAACUGGGAGUCUCUGGAGGCCGAACAGGGGCUGACCAAGGCUGAGCUGGCGAAGAAGAAGAAACGGGAGGAUCGGAGGAAGGAGCUGGAGGCCAAACGGGCAGAGAGGAAGGGGGCGAAGGGUCCCCUGAAACUGGGUGCCCGCAAGCUGGACUGAGAGGAGGGGGUGGCCUGCCUGCAAUCACCCUACCCCCCUCAAUUACCCCACCUCCCCCCCCCCCUCACGUGCCCUCGGAGGGAGGAGAAGAGUGAUGAAGUUUCUCCCAUCUUUCGUUCCUGUUGCGAUGCCCUCGCGGGCCGGUGAGCCCUGGGGAGGGGGGGCAGACAUUUUGCGGGUGGGGGUGUUCACCGGGGGGGGGGGGG